AUGGCGCCGACGUUUCCGACGGGUCGCGCCAGCUAUGUCGAGAUGCUGUCGCCUCGUGACCACGAGGCAGCGGUGACAAUGCAUCCGAUCGAGUCGUGCAAUCGCAUCUCGUUUGCGCUCAUGCUCUGGAUGGACGGCUUGAUCCGCCGCGGCGCCACGACGCCGCUGCAAGAGCACGACGUGUGGCUGCUCCCGAGCGAUGACACGGCGGCAGCCCUCAGUGCCCGCUUCUCGGCCGAGUGGGCCAUCGAGAAGACGCGCCCGACGCCACGCUUCCACAAGGCGCUGUGGCGCACGAUGCGUCGCCGGCUGUGGUGCACACUCGGGCUCUACCUCCUCUACUCGUUCAUCAUGCUGCUGCAGCCGAUCGUGAUCAAGUCGCUUUUGCAGUACAUGCAAGGCAAGCCGACCGCGCUCGGGAUCGAGUCCGGCUACGGCCUCGCGGCGCUGCUCACGGUCGUCUCGCUCAUUGCCGUGACGGUCAUCGACUUUGGGCAGCUGCUCGCGUCCAACCUUGGCUGCAACGCCAAGACGAUCAUCAUGGACGUUGUGUACCAGAAGAGCCUCAAGCUCUCGGGAUUCGCCAAGCGGGGCAUGUCCUCUGGUGCGAUCGUCACCUUGUCUGGCGUCGACUCGGAGCGGCUCUUUGACGGCUUCCUCAUCGGCCCGUGGAGUCCGACCGCACCGAUCUCGAUCGCAGCGAUCUUCGUCAUGAUUGGCUUGGAGCUGGGCUACGUUGUCGGCCUUGUCGGCUGCGUCUUCAUGUACCUCAUCCUGUUUCUCGGGUAUCUCUCGGCCAAGACUGUCGGCGAGACGCGCCGCGCGCUCCUUAACGUGCAGUCGGAGCGUGUGAAGCUCACGAACGAGGUGCUCCAGGGCAUCCGCGUCGUCAAAAUGUACGGCUGGGAGCGCGACCUCGAGGCGGCCAUCGAUGCCAUUCGCGCGCAGGAGCUGGUGUUUCUCAAGCAGUACCACCGCCGGCGCGUCUUCAAUACGGCAGCGCUCUCGGUCGCGCCCGUCAUUUGCCUCGCUCUGUGUCUGCUUUUGUACGUCGCCCAAGGCAACGCGCUCUCGCCCGACAUCGCCUUCACCGUGCUCGCCUACAUGAACGUUGCGCGGCUGCCGUGCUACAACUUUUCCAACGGCAGCCUCUUUGUGCAGGAAGCCCUGACAUCCUGCGACCGCGUCGGCACCUACUUGCUUGCAGACGAGGUCGUCGAGUCUGCGACGACAGACGCUGACCAAGUGCCCAAGGUCGCGAUCACGGACGGCGACUUUACGUGGCACGCGAGUCCGUCGACCGACGCCGACCCGUCGCUACCGUUGACGCUGCGCAACAUCCACCUCCACCUCGCCCCUGCCUCGCUCACGAUCGUGGUCGGCGCUGUCGGCAGCGGCAAGUCCAGCCUCGUCUCGGCCCUCCUCGGCGAGAUCCACCAAGUGCGCGGCACCUGCCACGUCACCGGCAACGUCGCCGCGCUGGACGUGCACGUGGCGGGCGCGGUGUUUCGGGACUGCGUGCAAGGUCUCUUGGCGAGCAAGACGACGUUAUUGGUGCUCAACAGUCACUACCAUCUGCUGCCACAUGCGGACCGUGUCGUGGUCUUGGUGGACGGCGCGAUCGCGGCCGACGGGCCGUUUGACGUGGUGAAGGCGCAGUUUCCGGACCUUCAGAGCUCUGCAGAAGGCGAGGCAGUGACCAAGACGGACGCCGGUCAAGUCGUUGCCGCCACGGGAACCAAGACACCCUCAGGCCUCGUCGAAGACGAAGAACGAGCAGCGGGCGGUGUCUCGUCCACAACGUACCUGGCGUACCUUGGCUCCUCGGGCUGGAGCAGCAGCGCAACGGUCGUUGCGAUUGCGAUCCUCUUUGGCAUAACGCAAGGGCUCGUGACAUUGGGCGACUGGUUCAUGGGCUACUGGUCGACGCAUGAUGGCCACCUCUCGCAGCUGUGCUUUGCCAGCCUCUUUGUCGCGAUGGCAUUUGGCUCGCUCGGUAUCAUCUGGGGGCGCAGUCUUUUCCUGCUCGUGCUCUCGCUUCGGAGCUCCAAGGCACUGCACGCGUCGCUGCUCACCAAGGUGCUCAGCGCGCCUGUCAAUACCGUUUUUGAUGUGACGCCCGUCGGCCGCAUCCUCAACCGGUUCUCGAGCGACUUGGACCAAGUCGACUCGCAGCUGCCGCUCUUUGCUCUCUUCCUCCUUCAAACGCUGGCGCAGGUCCUCGCGGUCGUCGUCGUCUGCGCUGCCUCGCUGCCGUUCAUUCUCGUCGUCUAUCUCCCGAUCGCAGCCGUCUUUUUCUGGAUCCAGCGGCUCUACGUUACGCCGUCGUGCGACCUCAAGCGCAUGGAUGCGACGACGCGCUCGCCGGUUCUCAACGUGCUCUCGGAGACGAUCCACGGUCUCUCGACGAUCCGCGCCUUCCGCAUGAGCAGCGAGUUUGCCGCCAAAAGCCGCGCCGUGAUUGCGGACAACAACAGGUUCUUCUUUGCGUACCGCAUGCUUGCGCGCUGGCUCGCCAUGCGUCUCGACUGGGUCUCGUGCCUCGUGGUCGCCGCUGUCGCCUUCUUGCUUAUCGCGUGCAAGGACGCGGUUGGCCCCGUCGCCGCCGGCCUUGCGCUGACGUAUGCGUCGCAGAUGACGUCUGGGCUCUCCGCGCUCACUGGUGUCUACGCUCUUGUGGACAACAUCAUGACGUCCGUCGAGCGCCUCGAAGAGUACAACAGCCUCGAGACCGAAGGUGACACACGAGUCGUCACGACGACCGUCGACGCGUCGUGGCCAACCCAAGGCGUCGUCACCUUUGACCACUACGCAAUGCGGUACCGCGACCACCUCGACCUUGUCCUGAAAGACGUGUCGUUUACCGUGCCGGCUGGCGCCAAGGUCGGCAUCUGUGGCCGCACUGGCUCGGGCAAGAGCUCGCUCAUGGUCGCGCUCUUCCGCAUGGUCGAGGCGGCCUCUGGUCGCAUCCUCAUCGACGGCGUCGACCUCGCAUCCAUCGACUUGCACACGAUGCGGUCGCGGCUCACCAUCAUCCCGCAAGACCCCGUCCUCUUCUCGGGCUCGCUGCGCUUCAACUUGGAUCCGUCCAAUGGCUCGAGCGACGACGAGCUCUGGAGCGUGCUCAAGCAAGUGCACUUGGGUGACACCAUCUCAACUCUUGAGUUUGAGGUCGCCGAGAAGGGCGGCAAUCUCUCGGUGGGCCAGCGACAGCUGCUCUGCAUCGCGCGCGCCUUGUUGCGCAAGAGCCGCGUCGUCUUGCUGGACGAAGCCACGGCCAGCAUCGACUUGGCGUCCGACCGGCUCAUCCAAGAAACCAUCAAGGAGUGCUUUGGUCACGACGUGACACUGCUUGUGAUUGCACACCGUCUGGACACGAUUCUGGACAGCGACCAGAUUCUGGUGAUGGCCGACGGUCGCGUGGCCGAGUACGGACCCCCGAGCGAGCUGCUUGCAAACGAAGCAAGUGCGUUUGCACAGCUGGCCAAGCAGACACAACAAUAG